GCUCUGUCGAGCCGUUGAGUAGUUCCCAUUUUUGUGCCCGUGACAGCUAAGACCAGCAGCGAUCCUGUCCGGGUCGGAGACACAAGGCCAUCAUUUCGGUCCCUCUCUGCAGCAAAGGCACCCAAGAGCCAUAGCGCCGACACACGAUUUGCAGGCUUUCUUGGGCUGAACAGUGGAACCGUGACUACAUCCCUUUCUUAAGUAUCCACCUCAUGGAGACCCCCAUCUGGAAAAGGACAUCAUGUGGAAACAAACGGAUUUUAGACCGUAUGCUGCGUACUCCUUGUUCACCCCCGUUACAAGUCGCGAAAUCUCUCGAGGGAAAGUCAGAUUAGUCGUCAGAGAACGAGCAAACCGCGCUCACGAUUGCAAAUCUGUCAAACCAGCAGCAGCCGGAGAGAACGUACGGCUGUUGGCUGUCAAGAUCACCCCAGCCGCUGCAAGAACCCGCGCCCCCAAGAUCUGUGUCACCACCACCACCCACCCGCCCACGCCCCCUACCAUUUCCCGCCGCACUAGAAGCUUCGGCACAGCCGGCUGUCUGCCCACGUCCCAUUCUACAGCGGUCGUUGCGAAACUUCCUCUAGGGGAAUGCAAUGCCGGAUCAGGCUCUACACCGCUGCCGCCGUGCCGGGCUGUAGUGACGACAGCCAGUCCAGACAGCACCGGCGUUCUCCGUCUGCCUCGAAACGGAUGGGAUGAACACGAAGAUCAAAGACGCAGCCUGAUGAACUCUGCAGGAUCAACCAAGCCCCUGUCCUGGUCUUGCAUGAAGAAGAUGGGCUCCAUGUGCAGCUCGUGUCAGCCAUGGCCAUUCUGGCGUGAAUGCCCCGAAGGUCGUUCCGAAGCUUCAUCACUCCAGCGCGUCACAUUUCUCGGGCGUGGAAAUGGAAAGGCAGAGAACGGAGAGACCAUCACCAUCUCUGGGUUGGAGGUCACUGUUCCAGGCUGUGGUCAUCAAGCCCUCCACUUGGGGUCCAGGACCGGUCACCGAACUACUUUGGCGCGGACGGUCGAGCCUAAUGAAAGGUCACUGAUGUGCAUAACAACGUGGCCGAUCUUGACCCCCGAUGUGACAGCAAUGCGGCUUGGCCAUGCUGUCAUGUUGCCGAGCAAGAUCGACCUCGAACGAUCUCCUGGUUACUGA